AUGGCGUGCGCGCUCCACCCAGAUGCUGAGCACUCUAUUGAGGAGUGUGUUGAGUUUGUGGAAAUUCUGCAAGACCUGCUAGAUCAUGGUCUGAUGCAAGUAUGCUACAAGAGUGAGGAGGAAGAAGUAUUUGCACAAACUGGUGAUGAAUCCGGCAUGACUUUACCAGAAGCAUUGGUGAUUCGUUUCACUAGGACUACCCCUAUACCACCAACUCAACGAAGGUCGCCCGUUGUUAUCCGUGUACCAGUCGCUUUUCCUUACAAGAACGAAAAAGCCGUCCCAUGGAGAUAUGGGACACAUGCAUUAGACGAAGCACAAAGCGUUGAUCCUGCCGUCAAAAACAUAUCAGGCAUAGGUGGAAUGACGAGGAGUGGCCGAAUUUUCAGACCACCAGAGUUGGCACGAGAAAGAGCUAGUGAUAAAGAAGCAACGAUGAUCGCGAAGGCAAAAGAAUUCUUAAAGGGGAAGGGUGCACAGACAGAGGAGGUCCCCGACAAGGAAGAGAAGAAAGAAGUGUCUGAAGAAGAGGCUUGUGAAUUUUUAAAAUUCAUACAACAAAGUGAAUAUAAGGUGGUGGAACAGUUAAACCGUAUGCCUGCUCGUAUAUCCUUGUUAUUGCUCAUGCAUUCUGCAUCGCAUAGAAAGUUGUUAAUGAAGAUACUCAGUGAGGCUCACGUAGAGCAAGGUAUUUCGUUGAAUAAAUUCGAGGGUAUUGUUGGCAAUAUUGUUGCUAAUAAUUAUCUCACCUUCACGGAUGAAGAGAUACCUGCUGAGGGAAGAGGGCAUAACAAGGCUUUUCACGUCUCGGUGAAAUGCCUGGAUCAUGUUAUAGAGCGUGUCUUAGUGGACAAUGGUUCCUCUUUGAAUGUCAUGCCGAAAGCAACUUUGGAAAAGCUACCUUGCAAAGGAAUGCAUAUGAAGCCAAGUUCAAUGAUUGUGAGGGCGUUUGAUGGUAGCAAAAGAGAAGUGAUGCGAGAAGUGGAAUUACCAGUGCAAGUUGGCCCGUUUGUCUUUCAAAUAACAUUCCAGGUUAUGGAUAUCUUGCCAGCUUAUAGUUGUCUGUUGGGGCGCCCGUGGAUCCAUUCGGCUGGAGUUGUGCCUUCUACACUACACCAGAAGCUGAAAUAUGUGAUGGGAGAUAAACUGGUGAUAAUAUCAAGAGAAGAGGAUCUUCUUGUGAGUGGGCCAUCAUCCACGCGCUACAUCGAGGCGGCUGAAGAAGCUCUCGAGACAGCCUUCCAAUUGUUGGAGAUUGUGGGAAAUGCUUGUGUGGAGUCGUUUCCAGUAAAUCCUCAUCUAUCAUGUGCUUCUAUUAUGAUGGCCAAAAUUAUCAUGAAAGAGGGCUAUAUAUAUGGUUUGGGCAAAUAUCGGCAGGGGUGA